ACCGGGCCCCGCGGCGUGGCUCCGGGCACGGGACGGAGCCGAGCCUCCCGGAACCGGCUGCCGGCUCUCGCCGCUGCCGCCCCGCGCCGAGGCCGUCAUGCGGAGGGAGGCUCCCCUCGCGGCUUCUCGCUCCCGAGAGCUGCCGAGCAGACCAGAAGUGCUCCUUCUGUGGAUUACUACCCUGUUUCUUAAAGGUGCAUGAAUACUGAGGCCUACAACAUUGCCUGACCACAGACCACCAGAAUGGGGAGGAUUGGCAUCUCCUGUCUUUUUCCUGCUUCUUGGCAUUUUAGCAUCUCUCCAGUGGGGUGUCCUCGGAUUCUGAAUAUCAGCUUACGCCAGGUCAUUGCUCUUGGCAUUGUGGCAGCUGCUGCUUCACUUUUAUACUUUUCUGUUGUCAUAAUCCGUAAUAAGUAUGGGUGGCUAUCAAGAGACAAGAAAUUCCAAAGGUACUUGGCACGAGUCACUGACAUUGAAGCCACAGACAUCAGUAACCCCAAUGUGAACUAUGGUAUUGUGGUGGACUGUGGGAGCAGCGGGUCUCGGAUAUUCGUUUAUUGCUGGCCCAAGCACAAUGGCAACCCUCACGAUCUCUUGGACAUCAGACAGAUGCGGGAUAAGAACCGAAAGCCUGUGGUUAUGAAAAUAAAGCCUGGCAUUUCAGAGUUUGCUACCUCUCCGGAGAAAGUCAGUGAUUACAUUUCUCCACUCUUGAACUUUGCUGCCCAGCAUGUGCCACGAGCAAAACACAAGGAGACUCCACUCUAUAUCCUCUGCACAGCUGGAAUGAGAAUCCUUCCUGAAAGCCAGCAGAAAGCCAUCCUGGAGGACCUUCUGACGGAUAUCCCAGUACACUUUGACUUUCUCUUUUCGGACUCUCAUGCAGAAGUAAUUUCAGGGAAACAAGAAGGUGUAUAUGCUUGGAUUGGCAUUAAUUUUGUUCUCGGACGCUUUGAGCAUAUUGAAGAUGAUGACGAGGCCGUUGUAGAAGUUAACAUUCCCGGUAGUGAAAGCAACGAAGCUUUUGUCCGUAAAAGAACAGCUGGUAUUCUCGACAUGGGAGGCGUGUCGACUCAGAUAGCAUACGAAGUCCCCAAAACUGUAAGCUUUGCCUCCUCACAGCAGGAGGAAGUAGCUAAGAACCUAUUAGCUGAAUUUAACUUGGGCUGUGAUGUCCACCAAACGGAGCAUGUGUACCGAGUCUACGUGGCCACAUUUCUUGGAUUUGGUGGCAAUGCUGCUCGUCAGAGAUAUGAAGACAGGUUGUUUGCCAACAUGGUUCAGAAAAACAGGCUCUUAGGGAAGCAGACUGGCCUGACUCCUGAUGCGCCCUACCUGGACCCCUGCUUACCUCUGGACAUCAAAGAUGAAAUCCAGCAAAAUGGACAGACAAUGUACCUCCGAGGCACUGGAGAUUUUGACCUAUGUCGAGAGAGUCUCCUGCCUUUCAUGAAUAGGACGAAUGAGACCCAAACUUCCCUCAACGGUGUCUACCAGCCCCCCAUUCACUUCCACAACAGUGAAUUCUAUGGCUUUUCUGAAUUUUAUUACUGCACUGAGGAUGUGUUGCGGAUGGGGGGAGAUUACGAUGCUGCUGCAUUUACUAAAGCUGCAAAGGAUUAUUGUGCAACAAAGUGGUGGAUUCUUCGAGAACGCUUUGAUCGAGGGUUGUAUGCCUCUCAUGCUGACCUCCACAGGCUGAAGUAUCAGUGCUUCAAAUCUGCCUGGAUGUUCGAGGUGUUCCAUAAUGGAUUUUCAUUUCCUGUCAACUAUAAAAAUUUAAAGACAGCCUUGCAAGUUUACGACAAGGAAGUUCAGUGGACACUUGGUGCAAUUCUUUAUAGGACCCGCUUCUUACCUUUAAGAGAUAUCCAGCAGGAAGCCUUCCGGGCCAGUCACACCCACUGGCGACGUUUCUCCUUUGUCUACAAUCACUACCUGUUCUGGGGCUGCAUCCUCGUGGUCCUGCUGUCCAUCCUGCUCUACCUGCUACGGCUGCGGCGUAUUCACCACAGGAUGCUCCGCAGCAGCUCUGCCAGCGCCCUCUGGCUGGAGGAAGGCCUUUCCCCCCAGAAGACUGCCGGUCCCCCAUGAGCUCCCAGCUGCUCCCUCCCAGAAGACAUUCUGAAGGAAAAGCCAUUUUGCCUCAGGGUUUCUCCUCUGUUUUCCUCCUUUGGCUUUAUUUUUCCUUCCCUCUAUUCUUCAGAACAAAACACAAUCCAUU